AUGGCGACAACCUCUUCAGAUUCGGAUGUGGAAAAUGUGGAUGUGGCAUCGCAGGCCCAAACGCAGGAUAAUCUGCGCAUAUUUUUAAAGCAUUUGUAUGCGGAGUGCGUGUUUCGAUACCAGAAUGUCACAUACGAUACGGACGACCCAUCAUUCUCACUUGGCCCAGCAACAGACUACGAUUCCGAUUUGCCCGAGAACUUUAGCCCGGUGCCGCGAUAUCUGGAGAAUGCCGCGAUGAACGAGGGCGUUAUUGACAUGCGAAACGUGGACGAGGAGCUGGCGGAGAAGGAGGAGCUGAUGGCCACCGUCGUCAGUGCCACGAUGGCCACAAAUCAGAAAGAGAGCCGACUCUUUUGCCCCCUGAACUUUGACGGAUAUCUCUGCUGGCCAAGGACUCCGGCCGGCACUGUGCUGAGUCAAUAUUGUCCCGAUUUCGUCGAAGGAUUCAACAGAAAAUUUCUGGCCCACAAGACCUGCCUGGAGAACGGCUCCUGGUACCGUCAUCCGGUUAGCAAUCAGACCUGGUCCAAUUACACCAACUGCGUGGACUACGAGGACCUGGAGUUUCGCCAGUUCAUCAACGAGCUGUACGUGAAGGGGUACGCCCUCUCCCUGCUGGCCCUGCUCAUAUCGAUUAUUAUUUUCUUGGGCUUCAAAUCCCUGCGCUGCACUCGCAUCCGCAUCCAUGUGCACCUGUUCGCCUCGCUGGCCUGCACCUGUGUGGCCUGGAUAUUAUGGUACCGUCUGGUGGUGGAGCGUUCCGAAACCAUAGCCGAAAAUCCGCUCUGGUGCAUUGGACUGCAUCUGGUGGUGCACUACUUCAUGUUGGUCAACUAUUUCUGGAUGUUUUGCGAGGGCCUGCACCUGCACCUGGUGCUCGUUGUGGUCUUUGUCAAGGACACGAUUGUGAUGCGCUGGUUCAUCGUCAUCAGCUGGUUCUCGCCGAUACCCAUAGCCAUCGUCUACGGACUGGCCAGGCAUUUCAGCAGUCCGGACAAUAAGCACUGCUGGAUAACUGACAGUCUCUACUUGUGGAUCUUCUCGGUGCCCAUAACUCUUUCGCUGCUGGCCAGCUUCAUUUUUCUGAUCAACGUACUGCGAGUGAUCGUACGGAAGUUACAUCCCCAGUCCGCCCAGCCGGCACCGUUGGCCAUCCGGAAGGCGGUUCGGGCCACCAUUAUCCUUGUACCGCUGUUCGGCCUGCAGCACUUCCUGCUACCCUACCGUCCGGAUGCCGGCACCCAGCUGGACCACUUCUAUCAGAUGCUAUCCGUGGUGCUCGUCAGCCUGCAGGGCUUUGUGGUCUCCUUCCUGUUCUGCUUCGCCAACCACGAUGUCACCUUCGCCAUUCGCACGCUGCUAAACAAGUUGCUGCCCAGUUUGGUGACCCCGCCGCCGGCCGGGAGUAAUACUGGACAGAUGGCCACGACCACGCCCAGCCGAGAGUUGGGCGUUUAAGGCGUAUCGCGCGAGGGUCGAUCGAAACGUUGACCGCAUCGCCGAGCAAAGAUUUUGAAGACCAGUCCGGCAGACUUAUUUCUGAGCUACGUAUUCAUGAUAACAAAAUAUUUUUUUAACUUAAUUUUGUUAAAAUGCAUACUGAUUUCAAUUAUUUUAAAUGUUCCUGUCAUAUUUUUUAUCCUGGGAUACUAUGCCCGAAAUGCAUUUAGAGUUGGAAAGGUUCUAGUCCUAUGAAUUAUUGAUUAAAACAAAAAAUUGUUUGCUUUGAAGAGUGCUUGAUCUUUCAAG